AUGGUAGACAUUGAAUCACGCAUCGACACAAUUGAGGAGCCUGAUGUUAUUCAAGAUGAUCCCAAAAAAUGGCCAAGAAGAAAGAAAUUUUUUAUCCUUGGGGUAAUAGCGGUUGCCGGAGUAGCGGCUCCGUUUUCAAGCACGAUGUUUUUUCCCGUACUACCAGUCAUACAAAAGUCAUACAACACGACAGAGGUGGCUGCAAACUCAAUAAGAGUAUUUGUCCUUGCUAUAGGAAUAUGUCCGCUCGGUUGGGCUGCAUAUUCGGACAAACGUGGAACAAGACGCAAUGUUUAUCUCUUGUCAUCUACAAUAUUUGUUCUUGCAUCGAUAGUCUGUGCUCUAUCACCAAACAUCUGGCUGUUGAUCAUUAUGAGAGUAUUGCAAGCAUGUGGGUCAUCGGCAGUGCAGAGCGUUGGAGCCGGAACGCUAAGUGACAUAUACAGAGUUGAAGACCGUGGAACUGCAUAUGGCAUUACCUUCUUGGGAACACUAUUAGGUCCAUUAAUUGGACCUGUCAUUGGUGGAUAUGUCGACAAAUUCCUUGGAUGGAGGUGGAAUUUCUGGUUACUUGCGAUUAUUGGAGUAAUUCUAUUGGUUCUAAUGUUCAUGUUACCAGAAACCUUCAGAGAGCCUGUGAAGCCGAGCAGACGGCAAAAGACCGAGACUGAAAAGAAAGGCAUGAUGGGUGGCAAAGAAAACGAUGCUGAAAAUGUGACAGUGAGAUGUGACGAUGUAGUGCAGGAUGAACUAGAAAAGCAAGAUGAAGACGGCUUAAAUGAGUCAAAAAGAAACAAAAGUCAAAUUCGCAUUGACACUGGCAUUUCUAUUAUCUCCCCAUCUCCGGUCUCUCCUAGUGCUACUCUUUUUGCUACAUCUCCAGUCUCUCCGAACAACACGCUAUUUCCUUCAUCUCCGACAUCUCCUGCUACCCUCGUUUCCUCAUCUCCAACGUCUCCUAGUUCUAAACUUUCUUCCUUAAAUCCAACACCCCUGCCUCAACCUAAAGAAGAUCUCAAUCUCCUAUCGUUUUUGCUCCUCAUUCUGUCACCUCUCCUUCUCCUCCGUUAUCCAAAUGUCGCGUUUUUAGUAGUAUUUAUUUCCGCAAUGUUUGCAAUGUUAUUCACACAAUACACACUUGUAGCGGUCACAUUUCAAGACAGCCAUUAUGCUCUCUCACCCUCCACGACUGGGCUUCUAUUUUUAUCUAGUGGGGCAGGGCAUAUGGUAGGAAGUGUAUUUGGAGGGAGGUAUACGGAUAUAAUGCUUGCAAGGGAGAAAAAAAAGAACAAAGGAGAGCAGUAUGCAGAGAUGAGAUUGAAAAGUGCAUGGCUAGGAUCCAUCAUUUUACCCAUAUCGUUUCUUGCUUAUGGCUGGUGUGUAGAAAAAGAGGUGUUUAUUGUAUGGCCUUUGAUUGCCAUGUUUUUCGGCGGGAUGGGGGUUCUUCUAACUUUUACCAGUAUGGCAGCUUAUCUCAUUGAUGCAUUCCCUGGAUUUUCAGCAUCGGUUAUGUCAGUAAAUAUUUGUCUCCGGUAUAUUGCUGCUUCUCUAAUGUCUAUCAUUGCUGCUCCAAUAAAAAAUGCAAUUGGGAAUGGAUGGUUAUUUACAGCAUUAGCCUUUCUCAACGUCAUCGGAGUUUUUCUUUUGCUAAUUGCGUAUCAUAAAGGGCGAGAAUGGCGAGAGAGUAUUGAGAAAAGUAAUGAAAAAGUUGUUGAUAAUAAUAAUAGUAUGGAGGUCAAUUUAAAGUCACUUGAUUUAUAA